AUCGUGCUGCCCCCCCACCUGGAGCGCAUCCGGGAGAAGCUGGCGGAGAACAUCCACGAGCUGUGGGCCCUGACCCGCAUCGAGCAGGGCUGGACCUACGGCCCCAUCCGCGACGACAACAAGCGCCUGCACCCCUGCCUGCUGGACUUCCACAGCCUGCCCGAGCCCGAGAGGAACUACAACCUCCAGAUGUCGGGGGAGACCCUCAAGACGCUGCUGGCGCUGGGCUGCCACGUGGGCAUGGCUGACGAGAAAGCCGAGGAGAACCUCAGGAAGAUCAAACUGCCCAAAACGUACAUGAUGUCCAACGGGUACAAGCCGGCGCCGCUGGACCUGUCGCACGUGAAGCUGACGCCGGCGCAGAACACCCUGGUCGACCGGCUGGCCGAGAACGGGCACAACGUGUGGGCCCGCGACCGCGUCCAGCAGGGCUGGACCUACAGCAUCGUCCAGGACAUCAAGAACAAGCGCAACCCCCGCCUGGUGCCCUACAACCUCCUGGACGAGCGAACCAAGAAGACGAACCGCGACAGCCUGUGCGAGGCCGUGCGCACCCUCAUCGGCUAUGGCUACAACAUCGAGCCCCCCGACCAGGAGAGCCCCGCCCAGGGCGUGCCGCGGGGCCGUGCCGACAAGGUGCGCAUUUUCCGGGCCGAGCGGAGCUACGCCGUGCGCUCGGGCAAGUGGUACUUCGAGUUCGAGGCGGUGACCACCGGGGAGAUGCGGGUGGGCUGGGCCCGGCCCCACGUGCGCCCCGACGCCGAGCUGGGCGCCGACGACCUCGCCUACGUCUUCAACGGGCACCGGGCGCAGCGCUGGCACGUGGGCAGCGAGCCCUUCGGGCGGACCUGGCAGCCGGGCGACGUGGUGGGCUGCAUGAUCGACCUGGGCGAGAGCCACAUCACCUUCACCCUCAACGGCGAGGUGCUCAUCAGCGACGCCGGCUCCGAGCUUGCCUUCAAGGACUUCGAAGUGGGCGAGGGCUUCGUGCCCGUGUGCAGCCUGGGGCUGGACCAGGUUGGGCGGCUGAACCUGGGCCAGGACGUGAGCAGCCUGCGCUUCUUCACCAUCUGCGGCCUCCAGGAAGGCUUCGAGCCCUUCGCCAUCAACAUGAAGCGCCCCAUCACCCUCUGGUUCAGCAAGAGCCUGCCCCAGUUCGCCCCCGUGCCCCCCGACCACCCCCAGCUGGAGGUGACACGGAUGGACGGGACGGUGGAGACGCCGCCAUGCCUGCGGUUGGCCCACCGGGCGCUGGGCUCGCCAGCCGCGCAGCCCGAGCUCCUCUUCCUCCGCCUCAGCCUGCCGGUGCAGUUUCACCCCAACUUCCGCUGCGCCCCGGGGACCACGCCGCUGCCUCGGUCCCCCCCCGAGCCCCCCGACGACGUCGGCCUCGAGCCCCUCUCCGACUUCGAGCGCCUCCGCCGCUCCGCUGCCCCCCGGCACCCCGAGGCCAACGGCGAGGCCGACAAGGCGCCUGGAGGGGGGCCCACCUCCCCGGCCCCCCGCGACCAGCCCCGCGCCGAGAACGAGAAGGAUGCGACCACCGAGAAGGGCAAGACCCGGAGGGGGUUCCUGUUCAAGGCGAGGAAGACUCCCUUCGCGCCGCCCCCCGCGGUGCCCACCGUCCCGCGCCUCGAGGAGGACGUUGUCCCCGACGAGCGCGACGACCCCGAGGUCAUCAUGAACACCACCACGUAUUACUACUCGGUGAGGAUCUUCGCGGGGCAGGAGCCCACGUGUGUAUGGGUCGGCUGGGUGACCCCUGACUACCACCAGCACGACACUGCCUUCGACCUCUCCCGCGUCCGCACCGUCACCGUCACCAUGGGUGAUGACAAGGGCAACGUGCACGACAGCAUCAAGCGGAGCAACUGCUACAUGGUCUGGGGAGGGGAGUUUGCCAGCAACACGCAGCAGGCGCGGGUCAGCCACACCGACCUGGUCAUCGGCUGCCUCGUGGACCUGGCCACCGGGCUCAUGACCUUCACCGCCAACGGCAAGGAGAUCAACACCUUCUUCCAGGUGGAGCCCAACACCAAGCUCUUCCCAGCCGUCUUUGCCCUCCCCACCAGCCAGAACGUCAUCCAGUUUGAGCUGGGCAAGCUCAAGAACAUCAUGCCCAUCUCGGCCGCCAUGUUCUACAGCGAGCGCAAGAACCCGGAGCCGCAGUGCCCGCCGCGGCUCGUCAUCCAGCUCCUGACGCCGGUCACCUGGAGCCGGAUGCCCAACGAGUUCCUGGCCGUGGACAUGGCCCGCGUCAGCGAGCGCCACGGCUGGAUGGUGGAGUGCGUCGACCCCCUCGUCAUGAUGGCCCUGCACAUCCCUGAGGAGAACAGGUGCAUCGACAUCAUGGAGCUGUCGGAGCGGCUGGACCUGCUGCGCUUCCAGUGGCACUCGCUGAAGCUCUACUGCGCCGUGUGCGCCCUGGGCAACAACCGGGUGGCCCACGCGCUCUGCAGCCACGUGGACCAGGCGCAGCUGCUCUUCGCCAUCGAGAGCCCCGAGCUGCCGGGGCCGCUGCGCGCCGGCUACUACGACCUGCUGCUGGCCAUGCACCUGGAGGCCGCCCAGCGGGCUCGCGCCUCCAUGAGCGCCGAGUUCAUCAUCCCCAUGACCGAGGCCACCAAGAGCAUCACCCUCUUCCCCGGCGGCGGCCGAGCGCCCGGACCCCCCGGCGUGGGUCCCAGCGCCUGCCUCCGGCCCCGGCCCCACUUCGCCGAGCCGUGCUUCGUGACGCCGGUGGCGGCGGGCGGGCGGGCGCCGCUGAGCCCCGGCGUGCCGCUGGGCGCCCUGGGCGCCCGGGCCAUCCGCAUGCUGGCCGAGGCGGUGGCCGGCGGGGGUCCGCACGCCCGCGACCCCGUGGGCGGCAGCGUGGAGUUCCAGCUGGUGCCGGUGCUGAAGCUGGUGUCGGCGCUGCUGGCCGUGGGUGCCCUGGGCGACGGCGACGUCCGCCGCGUCCUCCGCAUGAUCGAGCCCCGCGUCUUCGGCGAGCCCCGGCGCCCGCUGCUGCCGGCCGGUGAGGGCGACGACGGCGAGGCGGAGGAGGAGGAGGAAGCGCGGAGGAAGGCCAUCGAGGCCGGGGAGAUGGAGGCAGAGGAGGAGGAAGAGGAGGAGGAAGGGCUGGAGGAAGGGCUGCUGCAGAUGAAGCUGCCCGAGUCGGUCAAGCUGCAGAUGUGCAACCUCCUGGAGUACUUCUGCGACCGGGAGCUGCAGCACCGCGUCGAGGCCAUCGUGGCCUUCUCGGAGCGGCACGUGGAGCGGCUGCAGCGCGACCAGCGCCGCCGCUACGGGCAGCUCAUGCGGGCGCUCACCAUGUCGGCGGCCGAGACGGCCCGGCGCACCCGCGAGUUCCGCUCGCCCCCCCAGGAGCAGAUCAACAUGCUGCUGCAGUACAAGGCGGGGGCGGACGAGGAGGAGUGUCCCGUGCCCGAGGACAUCCGCGACGAGCUGCUCGACUUCCACAACGACCUGCUCGCUCACUGCGGCAUCGAGCUGGCCGGGGAGGAGGAGGAGGAGGAGGAAGACGCGUCCCUGCGGCAGCGGCUCCUGGGGCUGGUGCAGAAGGUGGUGGGGCUGCGCAAGAAGGCGGAGGAGGAGGAGGAGAGGCCCCCCGAGGAGCCCCCCGCGCCCAGCACGCUGCAGGAGCUCAUCUCGCAGACCAUGGUGCACUGGGCGCAGGAGUCCUUCAUCCAGAGCCCCGAGCUGGUGCGGGCCAUGUUCAGCCUGCUGCACCGGCAGUACGACGGGCUGGGCGAGCUGGUGCGGGCGCUGCCCAAGGCCUACACCAUCAGCGCCGUCUCCGUCGAGGACACCAUGAGCCUCCUCGAGUGCCUGGGCCAGAUCCGCUCCCUCCUCAUCGUCCAGAUGGGCCCCGAGGAGGAGAACCUCAUGAUCCAGAGCAUCGGGAACAUCAUGAACAACAAGGUCUUCUACCAGCACCCCAACCUGAUGCGGGCGCUGGGCAUGCACGAGACGGUCAUGCAGGUGAUGGUCAGCGUGCUGGGCGGCGGCGAGUCCAAGGAGAUCCGCUUCCCCAAGAUGGUCACCAACUGCUGCCGCUUCCUCUGCUACUUCUGCCGCAUCAGCCGCCAGAACCAGCGCUCCAUGUUCGACCACCUCGGCUACCUCCUGGAGAACAGCAGCAUCGGCCUGGGCAUGCGGGGCUCAACCCCCCUGGACGUGGCGGCCGCCUCCGUCAUCGACAACAACGAGCUGGCCCUGGCCCUCAAGGAGCAGGACCUGGAGAAGGUGGUGACGUACCUGGCGAGCUGCGGGCUGCAGAGCUGCCCCAUGCUGCUCUCCAAGGGCUACCCCGACAUCGGCUGGAACCCCUGCGGCGGCGAGCGCUACCUCGACUUCCUCCGCUUUGCCGUCUUCGUCAACGGCGAGAGCGUGGAGGAGAACGCCAACGUGGUGGUGCGGCUGCUCAUCCGGCGGCCCGAGUGUUUCGGGCCGGCGCUGCGGGGCGAGGGCGGCAGCGGGCUGCUGGCCGCCAUCGAGGACGCCAUCAAAAUCUCCGAGGACCCGGCCCGCGACGGCCCCACCAUCAAGAAGGACCGGCGGCGGGAGCUAUUCGGAGCUGAGGAGACGCAUGAGGAGAACCGGGUGCACUUGGGCAACGCCAUCAUGUCCUUCUACUCUGCCCUCAUCGACCUGUUGGGCCGCUGUGCCCCGGAGAUGCAUCUCAUCCAGGCGGGCAAGGGCGAGGCGCUGCGGAUCCGGGCCAUCCUCCGCUCCCUCGUGCCCCUCGAGGACCUCGUGGGCAUCAUCAGCCUCCCGCUGCAGAUCCCGGCCUUCGGCAAAGAUGGGAACAUCGUGGAGCCCCGCAUGUCGGCCAGCUUCGUGCCCGACCACAAGGCGCCCAUGGUGCUCUUCCUGGACCGCGUCUACGGCAUCGAGACGCAGGAUUUCCUCCUGCACGUGCUCGAGGUCGGCUUCCUGCCUGACAUGCGGGCGGCCGCCUCGCUGGACACGGCCGCCUUCAGCACGACGGAGAUGGCGCUGGCGCUGAACCGCUACCUGUGCCUGGCGGUGCUGCCCCUCAUCACCAAGUGCGCCCCGCUCUUCGCCGGCACCGAGCACCGGGCCAUCAUGGUGGACUCCAUGCUGCACACCAUCUACCGCCUCUCCCGCGGGCGCUCGCUCACCAAGGCCCAGCGCGACGUCAUCGAGGAGUGUCUCAUGGCCCUGUGCCGGUACAUCCGUCCCUCCAUGCUGCAGCACCUCCUGCGCCGGCUGGUCUUCGACGUGCCCAUCCUCAACGAGUUCGCCAAGAUGCCGCUCAAGCUGCUGACGAACCACUACGAGCGGUGCUGGAAGUACUACUGCCUGCCCAGCGGCUGGCCCAACUACGGCGUCAGCUCCGAGGAGGAGCUGCACCUCACCCGCAAGCUCUUCUGGGGCAUCUUCGAGUCGCUGGCCCACAAGAAGUUCGACGCGGAGCUCUACAAGCUGGCCAUGCCCUGCCUGUGCGCCAUCGCCGGCGCCCUGCCGCCCGACUACGUCGACGCCAGCUACUCCUCCAAGACCGAGAAGAAGGCCUCCGUGGACGCCGAGGGCAACUUCGACCCCAAACCCGUCGAGACCCUCAACGUCAUCAUCCCCGAGAAGCUGGACGGCUUCAUCAACAAGUACGCCGAGUACACGCAUGAGAAGUGGGCCUUCGACAAGAUCCAGAACAACUGGUCCUACGGGGAGACGGUGGAUGAGGAGGCCAAGACCCACCCCAUGCUGCGGCCCUACAAGACCUUCUCCGAGAAGGACAAGGAGAUCUACCGGUGGCCCAUCAAGGAAUCGCUGAAGGCCAUGCUGGCCUGGGAGUGGAUGGUAGAGAAGGCCCGCGAGGGUGAGGAGGACAAGGCGGAGAAGAAGAAGACCCGCAAGAUCUCCCAGUCUGCCCAGGCCACCUACGACCCCAGCCACGGCUACAGCCCCCAGCCUGUGGACCUGUCGGGGGUGACACUGUCCCGGGAGCUGCAGGCCAUGGCGGAGCAGCUGGCCGAGAACUAUCACAACACCUGGGGCCGCAAGAAGAAGCAGGAGCUGGAGGCCAAGGGAGGGGGUUCGCACCCCCUGCUCGUGCCCUAUGACACGCUGACGGCCAAGGAGAAGGCGCGGGACCGUGAGAAGGCCCAGGAGCUGCUCAAGUUCCUGCAGCUCAAUGGCUAUGCCGUCACCCGAGGGCUGAAGGACAUGGAGCUGGACACCUCGUCCAUCGAAAAGCGCUUUGCCUACGGCUUCCUCCAGCAGCUGCUCAAGUGGAUGGACAUCUCGCAGGAGUUCAUUGCCCACCUGGAGGCUGUGGUGAGCAGCGGGCGGGUGGAGAAAUCCCCCCACGAGCAGGAGAUCAAGUUCUUUGCCAAGAUCCUGCUGCCCCUCAUCAACCAGUACUUCCACAACCACUGCCUCUACUUCCUCUCCACCCCGGCCAAGGUGCUGGGAAGCGGUGGCCAUGCGUCCAACAAGGAGAAGGAGAUGAUCACCAGCCUCUUCUGCAAGCUGGCCGCCCUCGUCCGCCACCGCGUCUCCCUCUUUGGCACCGACGCGCCGGCCGUGGUGAACUGCCUGCACAUCCUGGCCCGCUCGCUGGAUGCCAGGACAGUGAUGAAGUCGGGCCCUGAGAUCGUGAAGGCUGGGCUGCGGUCCUUCUUCGAGAGCGCCUCUGAGGACAUCGAGAAGAUGGUGGAGAACCUCAAGCUGGGCAAGGUGACGCAGAGCCGCACCCAGGUGAAGGGGGUGGCCCAGAACAUCAACUACACCACGGUGGCCCUGCUGCCUGUUCUCACCUCCCUGUUCGAGCACAUAGCCCAGCACCACUUCGGGGACGACGUCAUCCUUGAUGACGUCCAGGUCUCCUGCUACCGGAUCCUGUGCAGCAUCUACUCUCUGGGCACCACCAGGAACCCCUAUGUGGAGAGGCAGCGCCCGGCGCUGGGCGAGUGCCUGGCCCGCCUGGCCGCCGCCAUGCCCGUGGCCUUCCUGGAGCCGCAGCUCAACGAGUUCAACCCCUGCUCUGUCUACAGCACCAAGUCCCCCCGCGAGCGGGCCAUCCUGGGGCUGCCCAGCCGGGUGGAGGAGAUGUGCCCCGACAUCCCCGACCUGGAGCACCUGAUGCGGGACAUCGGGGGCCUGGCGGAGUCGGGCGCCCGCUACACGGAGAUGCCCCACGUCAUCGAGGUGACGCUGCCCAUGCUCUGCAACUACCUGCCGCGCUGGUGGGACCGCGGCCCCGACACCCUGCCCCAGGGGCCCUGGGCCACCGCCGUCACCGGGCAGCACCUCAAUGCUGCUGGGGAACAUCCUCCGCAUCGUUGUCAACAACCUGGGCAUCGAUGAGGCCUCCUGGAUGAAGCGCCUGUGUUCGCUCAGCCCAUCGUGAGCAAGGCGAAGCCGGAGCUGCUCCGCUCUCACUUCAUCCCCACCAUGGAGAAGCUGAAGAAGCGAGCGGGCAAGGUGGUGGCCGAGGAGGAGCAGCUCCGCAUGGAGGCCAAGGCCGAGGCCGAGGACUCAGAGCUGCUCAUCCGCGAUGAGUUCUCUGUGCUCUGCCGCGACCUCUACGCCCUCUACCCCCUGCUCAUCCGCUACGUGGACAACAGCCGGGCCAAGUGGCUGACGGAGCCCAACUCGGACGCAGAGGAGCUCUUCCGCAUGGUUGGGGAGGUCUUCAUCUACUGGUCCAAGUCCCAUAACUUCAAGCGGGAGGAGCAGAAUUUCGUGGUGCAGAACGAGAUCAACAACAUGUCCUUCCUGACGGCCGACAGCAAGAGCAAGAUGGCCAAGUCCGGAGAUGGCCAGGGGGGAGGCUCAGAGCAGGAGCGGACGAAGAAGAAGCGCCGGGGGGACCGGUACUCCAUCCACACCUCCCUCAUUGUGGCCACCCUCAAGAAGAUGCUGCCCAUUGGCCUCAACAUGUGCUCGCCCACUGACCAGGAGCUCAUCAGCCUGGCCAAGACUCGCUACGCACUGAAAGACACGGACGAGGAGGUGCGGGAGUUCCUGAACAACAACCUGCACCUGCAAGGCAAGUGCGAGAACUCCUCGUCCAUGCGGUGGCAGAUGGCCCUGUACCGUGAGAUGGCCGGAAAGGCCGAGGACUCGGACAGCCCUGAGAAGAUUGUCCGGAGGGUACAGGAGGUGUCGGCUGUGCUCUACCACCUUGAGCAGACGGAGCACCCCUACAAGUCCAAGAAGGCGGUGUGGCACAAGCUGCUGUCGAAGCAGCGCCGGCGGGCCGUGGUCGCCUGCUUCCGCAUGACGCCCCUCUACAACCUGCCCAGGCACCGGGCCUGCAACAUGUUCCUGGAGGCCUACAAGCUCUCGUGGCUGGUCACCGAGGAGCACCCCUUCGAGGACCGCAUGAUCGACGACCUGUCGAAGCCAGGCGAGGAAGAGGAGGAGGAGGAAGAGGAGAUGGACAAGAAGCCGGACCCGCUGCACCAGCUCAUCCUGCACUUCAGCCGGACGGCUCUGACGGAGAAGAGCAAGUUGGAGAAGGAUCAUUUGUACAUGGCGUACGCUGGCAUCAUGGCCAAGAGCUGCCACAUCGAGGAAGGGGACGGGGAGGAGAAGAGCGAGGAGGAGAAGGAGGAAGCCGAGGAUUCGUUCGAGGAGAAGGAGAUGGAGAAGCAGAAGCUGCUGUACCAGCAGGCCCGGCUGCACACGCGCGGGGCCGCCGAGAUGGUGCUGCAGAUGAUCAGCGCGUGCAAAGGGGAGCGGGGCGACAUGGUGUCCUCCACCCUCAAGCUGGGCAUCUCCAUCCUCAACGGGGGCAACACCGAGGUGCAGCAGAAAAUGCUGGACUACCUGAAGGAGAAGCGGGAAGUAGGGUUCUUCCAGAGCGUCCAGGCCCUGAUGCAGACGUGCAGCGUCCUGGACCUCAACGCCUUCGAGCGGCAGAACAAGGCCGAGGGGCUGGGCAUGGUGACGGAGGAGGGACGAGUGAUCAUCAGCCGUGAGAACGGGGAGAAGGUGAUGUCGGAUGACGAGUUCACGCAGGAUCUCUUCCGGCUGCUGCAGCUGCUCUGCGAGGGCCACAACAACGACUUCCAGAACUACCUGCGCACGCAGACGGGGAACACCACCACCAUCAACAUCAUCAUCUGCACCGUGGACUACCUGCUGCGCCUGCAGGAGUCCAUCAGCGACUUCUACUGGUACUACUCGGGCAAGGACGUCAUCGACGAGCAGGGCAAGCGCAACUUCUCCAAGGCCAUGGCCGUGGCCAAGCAGGUCUUCAACAGCCUCACCGAGUACAUCCAGGGCCCGUGCACGGGGAACCAGCAGAGCCUGGCUCACAGCCGCCUCUGGGACGCCGUCGUCGGCUUCCUCCACGUCUUCGCCCACAUGAUGAAGAAGCUGGCCCAGGACUCCAGCCAGAUCGGGCUGCUCAAGGAGCUGCUGGACCUGCAGAAGGACAUGGUGGUCAUGCUGCUGUCCCUGCUGGAAGGCAACGUGGUCAACGGCACCAUCGCCCGGCAGAUGGUGGACAUGCUGGUGGAGUCGUCCAGCAACGUCACCAUGAUCCUCAAGUUCUUCGACAUGUUCCUCAAGCUGCGCGACAUCGUGGCCUCGGACGCCUUCCGCGACUACGUCUCCGACCCGCGGGGCCUCAUCUCCAAGAAGGACUUCCAGAAGGCCAUGGACAGCCAGAAGCAGUACGAGCCGGCCGAGGUGCAGUUCCUGCUCUCCUGCUCCGAGGCCGACGAGAACGAGAUGAUCGACGUGGAGGCCUUCGCCGGGCGCUUCCAGGAGCCCGCCCGCGACAUCGGCUUCAACGUGGCCGUGCUCCUCACCAACCUGGCCGAGCACGUGCCCCACGACCAGCGCCUGCGCACCUUCCUGGAGCAGGCGGCCAGCAUCCUCGAGUACUUCCGCCCCUUCCUGGGCCGCAUCGAGAUCAUGGGGGCCGCGCGGCGCAUCGAGCGCCUCUACUUCGAGAUCAGCGCCGCCAACAAGGCGCAGUGGGAGAUGCCGCAGGUGAAGGAGUCCAAGCGGCAGUUCAUCUUCGACGUCGUCAACGAGGGCGGCGAGGCCGAGAAGAUGGAGCUCUUCGUGAGCUUCUGCGAGGACACCAUCUUCGAGAUGCAGAUCGCCUCCCGCCUCUCCGAGGAGGAGGCGCAGCGGGACGGCGACGACGAGGAGGAAGGGGAGGACGAGGAGGAAGGAGCGGCGGCGGCGGCGGCGGCCGCCCCCGAGUCGUCCUCGGCUUUCGGGGAGCUGCUGGCGGCGGCCGGGCGGCUCCUGAGCUACCGGCAGGCGCGGCGGCGGCUGCGGCGCCUGCGCCGGCGGCCCGGCAGGGAGGUGGCGCGGGAGGCGGCGGCGGCGGCCGCCCGGACGCUCCUCGGGGGGCUCCUGGGCGCUUGGGGGGCUCUGGGCGCCCUGGGGCGCCUGGGUUGGCGCUCGCUCUUCGGCGGCGGUUUGGUGGAGGGCGCCCAGCGCCUGGCGCUCGCCGAGCUCCUCGCCGCCAUGCCCGACCCCACGCAGGACGCCGUGGGCGGCGAAGCGGCGGCCGACGCCGGCGGCCCCCCCUCCGCCGCGGCCCCCGGCCCCGCGCCCCGGCGGCAGGACGACGAAGGGGGGCGGCCGGAGCAGCGGCAGGAGGAGGAGGAGGAGGAGGAAGAGGCGGCGGCGGAGGAAGAGGCGGCGGCGGCGGUCCAGGGUUUCGGGGGGCGCAAGGAGCCCGGCCACUAUCGCCUGGCGGCCCCCGACGCCCCCGGGGGGCUCGGCGACAUCGGGGAGCCCGCCGCCGCCGAGCCCCCCACCCCCGAGGGCACCCCCAUCCUGCGCAGGAAGCUGGGGGAGGACGGGGAGGAGGUGGUGGCUGAAGAGCCGGAGAAGGAAGAGGAGCCGGCGGCCGAGACGGAGAAGGCCGACACGGAGAACGGGGAGAAGGCCGGGGCCGGGGCCGAGGCGGCCGAGGGGGGGCCCGAGCCCGAGGCCCCCGCGAGGAGGCGGAAGUCGGUGCCCCGCGAGCGCAAGGAGCCGCUGGCCGAGGGGGCCCUGGAGUUCUGGAGCGAGCUGGAGGUGCAGAGGGUCAAGUUCCUGAACUACCUGUCCAGGAACUUCUACAACCUGCGGUUCCUGGCGCUCUUCCUCGCCUUCGCCAUCAACUUCAUCCUCCUCUUCUACAAGGUGUCGGAGCGGCCGCCGGGCGCGGAGGAGGAGCCCGAGGGCUCGGGGCCGGCGGCCGAGGCGGCGGCCGAGGCCGGGGAGGGCGACGAGAGCGUCGUCUACUACUUCCUGGAGGAGAGCACGGGCUACAUGCAGCCGGCGCUGCAGGGCCUCGCGCUGGCCCACACCCUCGUCGCCUUCCUCUGCAUCAUCGGCUACAACUGCCUCAAGAUCCCGCUGGUGAUCUUCAAGCGGGAGAAGGAGGUGGCGCGGCGCCUGGAGUUCGCGGGGCUCUACAUCACCGAGCAGCCCCCCGACGACGACGUCAAGGGCCAGUGGGACCGCCUGGUGCUCAACGCCCAGUCCUUCCCCAGCAACUACUGGGACAAGUUCGUCAAGAGGAAGGUGCUGGAGAAGUACGGGGACAUCUACGGGCGCGAGCGCAUCGCCGAGCUGCUGGGCAUGGAGCUGGCCAGCCUGGAGAUCGGGGCGCAGGGCGAGAGGAAGCCCCCCCCGGACAGCUCCCUGCUCACCUGGAUCACGUCCAUCGACAUCAGGUACCAGAUCUGGAAGUUCGGGGUGAUCUUCACUGACAACUCCUUCCUCUACCUCACCUGGUACAUGGCCAUGUCCCUGCUCGGCCACUACAACAACUUCUUCUUCGCCUCCCACCUGCUGGACAUUGCCAUGGGGGUGAAGACGCUGCGCACCAUCCUCUCCUCCGUCACCCACAACGGCAAGCAGCUGGCGAUGACGGUGGGGCUGCUGGCCGUGGUCGUCUACCUCUACACCGUCGUGGCCUUCAACUUCUUCCGCAAGUUCUACAACAAGAGCGAGGACGAGGACGAGCCCGAUAUGAAGUGCGACGACAUGAUGACGUGCUACUUGUUCCACAUGUACGUGGGGGUCCGGGCCGGGGGGGGCAUCGGGGAUGAGAUCGAAGACCCGGCGGGGGACGACUACGAGCUCUACCGCGUCGUCUUCGACAUCACCUUCUUCUUCUUCGUCAUCGUCAUCCUCCUGGCCAUCAUCCAGGGUCUGAUCAUCGACGCCUUCGGGGAGCUGCGAGACCAGCAGGAGCAGGUCAAGGAGGACAUGGAGACGAAAUGUUUCAUCUGCGGCAUCGGGAGCGACUAUUUCGACACGACGCCCCACGGCUUCGAGACCCACACGCUGGAGGAGCACAACCUGGCCAACUACAUGUUCUUCUUGAUGUAUCUGAUCAACAAGGAUGAGACGGAGCACACGGGGCAGGAGUCCUACGUGUGGAAGAUGUACCAGGAGCGCUGCUGGGACUUCUUCCCCGCCGGCGACUGCUUCCGCAAGCAGUACGAGGACCAGCUGGGCUAG